UAUAGACCACCACGGAGCAAGGGUUUCCCACUCUCCAACUGUCAAUAGCAUCCCAUGUUCUCAUUAAGACAGAGACCAGUCUGUGUCCAUAACCCUUUGCAGCCUCUCCCUCCUGGGCGUCUGCUCUUUCUAGUAGCCGUGCUGUAGGCGGGAGGCUAGCGUUUUGCAGGUCUGACGUGUGGUGGGGGAGGGAUUUAACAACUCCUCAUGCUUCUUGUCACCUUCUCAUCUCAGUGUUAAUGCCUUUUGCUUGGCUGGCCCCAAGUGGAAAGGAAGGAGUUAGGGAUUUAAGGAAAUUAAAUCCAUUGCUUUUUAUAGCUCAUUUGGGAGGGGAAAUGGUGGAACCUUUCCACCCCCCCUGUUUAUAAGAGCAAUACUUCUGCACUUCAGCUGGGACCAGGCACUGGGUUGCAUUUGCUCUCCAGUGUUUGUCCUUUCUGACUGAUCACAGUUUUGGACUUACCAUCUUCAGUAAAAAAGGGUCCUAAUCCUAUCUGAAUACCCAAGUCUUACACUGCACUUUCAGAUAUUUCAUUUCCUCACUUAGUCUGUUGCUCUAAACUUGCACUUGUCACCUUCAAUACGCUGCCUUCUGCACUGCGGCUUGCCAGAAACCUCACAGCCUUGCACCUGCGCUGAAGCAGCUGGAUUGUCCUGCCUAUUGCUUGUGAUGCUCUGCUCUACCUUUCAGAGACUAUAUUGAGCCCAAAGGCCCAGAAGUUGUACUCUUAGUUGACGGUUCUGUGCAUUUGUUCACAUUUUAGACUAUACAUGGUGACUAAUAUCUCACCAGCUCAGAGUCCCACCAAAUUUCUGUCUUCGAAUGAUGUUCCAGAAAUCCCCUGUGACAGGCCUGACAGCCCAUAGCACAUGUUCCCAGCUCUGCUUGCGGUAUGUCCACCGAUAUCCCACAGUGCCUGGAACUGCUUCCAGGUCUGCUUUAAAAGUGUCUGAUAGAAUAUUCUGUCCCCUGACUGGAAUUUGUAGAACAUCAGGUGUUUCAUAUGUCUCAUAUUAAGGCAACCUAAGAGGAGACUGUCUUCCUCUUGAAAAGUUACAAAUCAGUAAUCCUGUAAAAUCCAUUAAGAUAGUAAAGAGAAAGAGAAAAAAAAACAUGUUGUUAUGGCCAUUCUGCAUGUCUCCAGACUAUACUAAUAGCACUUUGCCCUGGGGACUCUGCAGAAGGUACAGCACAAGUAAUGCAGACAAAUUCAAAAAGGUACGCAGAACACGAAGCAGCAACUCCUCUUUUUUAACUCUACCUCUGGAAAGCAGCCAGGCCUAGCACAGCACAGACCUUAGCACUGCAUCAACCCUCUGCUGUUGCAAAAGUUGAAAAUCUAAAGGUAUAACGUGGGCAUAAGCAAGAUCCGUGGAGAGGAUGGAGACUGUUCUUGGAACCCAAAGUUUGCUUUAGCGUUAGAGGCACGCAGGUUUGGGAAACAUAGCAUCUCACAAAAUGUCCAUCAGGUCCUACAGUAAUUUCUGGAGUGCGGUUCCUGAAAUUAGGGAAUAGCAAUGCCAUAGUGCAGUGAUGUAAUCAAGGAGUGGGAAAUGAAGACAUACUAUGAACAUCUUUCUUCAAGCAGGAUAGUGCUAUGCCAACACAGCACUGCUACAAGGACGCACAGCAACCAAAAGUUACAGAGACCACGCUGCUUCCCGUUCUGGAGUUAGCUUAUUUCUUGGGAUCUCCGGACGGUGCUAUAGUGUAUGGUGUAAACACACCCCAGAGCUCUCUAUUGAUCAGGCGUGUGUGGCAGGGGUUAGCUUUCAGAAGCUGGGGUUAGAUCCAUCUUCCACAGACUUGCUAAGGCUUAAUUCUUCUAGCUGCACCAUUGCAGAGUCUCUAAAAGCUUUUCAGGAAGUGUUGAGUGGUACUCAGCAGUAAUUCAGUGUCUGCACUGCAGGGGAAGACGACAGGAAUUCAGAUAAAUUAAAUGUUUUGAUUUCCAUGUUCAGGUAAUGGGUUACUGACUGGAUCUCUUUGUAAUCUGUUGUCGGUGGUGUCAGGCCAAAAAUCCAUUUCUGGUUACAAGAGAACAUUGUGCAGAGGUACUAGUGCGCUGCUCUGGGUAUUUCUGACAGGUAGUGCUGGGCUCGCUGUUGGUGCUUGUUAGGUAAAUUUGGGAACCGGGCGCUGGCUUUAAGGAGACUAACUAAUAGGUGCGGUUGGAGUGCUUGGGCUGUGGAAAACUCAGAUGGAUAGUGUAUUACGGUGGCUUUCCUAAGAGUGUGGAGCAAACGUAUGAACAAUUAAAGGGAGUGAUUGACUGACUGACUAGAUUUGCAAUUUGGAAUGGAGAUUUUCCUCCUGCAAACUUCUUACACGCUCUCUGACUGAAAUGCUGUUUCUUAAGUAUUUUGCAUGGCUGAAAUCUCAGCAUUACUGCUGAUGUGCUCCUCUUCUCUUCUGCAGCAGCUCUGAUAUUUCGCUGACAUCAGCUGUAUACACAUAACUCACCUUCCCAAAGUGUGUAUCCUGAAUCUUCUGACUAGUUUUCCUUCUCCAGGGGUGAUACUGUAGUUACCAUCUUAAGUGUCCUUAUAUACUUAUUAUUUACUAUUUUUUGUUUUGGUUUCUGUCAUUAUAUUAUUUUAUUUUUAUAUUCAGUUGUACCUUUAUUUUAUGUAAUGUUUUGGAGAUGAAAGUCUUUAACGUUUUUGUUUUUAUGUACUAUGCUUUCAGUGUUGUAACCAUACAAUUGUGGCUACUCAUGGUGACAUGUGACUGCUAUGAAUGUUGGGCCUUUGCAAUGCAUUUUGGAGGUCACUACUACACAUUUGAUGUUUAGGAGGUUGACAGGUAUGGCUGUAGUGCCCCCAAGAUGAAAUGUCUGAAUCUGGACAGUCCUCAGCAGCUGCCACACCAAGCACCACUGGAACCAAGUCCAACACUCCCACGUCAUCUGUGCCCUCUGCUGCUGUCACCCCCCUGAAUGAGAGCAUCCAGCCUGUCAGCGAAUACAAUGGCACAGCCAAGAGCAAUAAGAGGGCACGAGAAAAGCGGAACAGCCGGAACAUGGAAGUCCAGGUCACACAGGAGAUGAGGAACGUCAGCAUAGGGAUGGGAAGCAGUGAUGAGUGGUCCGAUGUUCAGGACAUCAUAGACUCUACUCCAGAGCUGGAUAUGUGUCAAGAUCCCCGCCUGGAACGCACCGGUAACAGCCCGACACAGGGGAUUGUGAACAAAGCAUUCGGCAUCAACACAGACUCUCUGUAUCAUGAACUUUCCACAGCAGGGUCCGAGGUUAUUGGGGAUGUUGAUGAAGGAGCAGAUCUGCUAGGGGAGUUCUCAGUACGGGAUGAUUUCUUUGGAAUGGGCAAAGAAGUGGGGAAUCUGCUGUUGGAGAACUCACAGCUACUGGAGACCAAAAAUGCUUUGAACGUUGUGAAGAAUGAUUUGAUUGCCAAGGUGGACCAGCUGUCGGGAGAGCAAGAAGUGCUCAAGGGAGAGCUGGAGGCGACAAAACAGGCCAAAGCCAAAAUGGAAGCCAGAGUCAAGGAGCUGGAGGAAGAGCUGAAAAGAGUGAAAUCUGAAGCGAUUGUUGCCCGACGAGAACCCAAAGAGGAGGUGGAGGAUGUAAGCAGCUAUCUCUGUACAGAAUUGCAGUGCUCCUCCCCUCUGCAGGACAACAUUCCCAUAGCUCAGCGUCGCCGCUUCACACGUGUGGAAAUGGCCCGGGUUCUGAUGGAACGCAAUCAAUACAAAGAGAGGUUGAUGGAGCUCCAGGAGGCUGUAAGGUGGACAGAGAUGAUCAGAGCUUCCCGUGAGCACCCAUCCGUCCAGGAGAAGAAGAAGUCCACUAUUUGGCAGUUCUUCAGCCGUCUGUUCAGCUCGUCCUCAAGUCCUCCACCAGCAAAGAGGACCUACCCAUCGGUGAACAUCCACUACAAGUCUCCAACAACAGCAGGAUUCAGCCAACGUCGCAGUCACACCAUGUGCCAGAUCUCCUCCGGCAGCCGCACUCUUGAAUUCUUCCCUGAAGAUGACUGUACAUCAUCAGCACGUCGCGAACAGAAGCGGGAGCAGUACCGCCAGGUCCGGGAGCACGUGAGGAACGACGAUGGGCGAUUGCAAGCCUGUGGCUGGAGUCUUCCUGCCAAGUACAAGCAGCUGAGUCCCAAUGGUGGCCAGGAAGACACUCGCAUGAAAAAUGUCCCUGUGCCUGUAUAUUGUCGCCCACUAGUAGAGAAGGACCCAACCAUGAAGCUGUGGUGUGCAGCUGGAGUCAAUCUCACGGGAUGGAGACCUUUUGAGCAGGAAUCUGGGAAUGGACAGAAACUGGAUCCUGGACGUGAUCCCCUCACCUGUGACCGGGAAGUGGAGGGCGAGAACAACAAGAGUAACCAUACCUCUCCUGAAAAGAAGAAGGCAAAGGAGCUCCAUGAAAUGGAUGCCACAUCCAGUCGUGUCUGGAUCCUCACCAGUACCCUGUCAACAAGUAAAGUUGUAAUCAUUGAUGCCAAUCAGCCUGGUACAGUGGUGGACCAGUUCACUGUCUGCAAUGCUCACGUGCUCUGCAUCUCCAGCAUCCCUGCGGCCAGUGAGAGUGAUUAUCCUCCAGGCGAGAUCUUUCUGGAGGGAGAUGUUAAUCCUGAAGAGUCGUCUGGAACAGAUGGUGUCUUGGCAGGAAUCACUCUGGUGGGCUGUGCGACCCGUUGCAACGUGCCACGAAGCAACUGCUCCUCGCGUGGUGACACACCUGUGCUGGACAAGGGACAGAGUGAAGUGGCUGCUGUCUGCAAUGGGAAGAUCAACCAGUCCCAGUCUACUGAGGAGGCGACGGAAGCUACCGAGGUACCAGAGAAUGGUACAAGUGAGACAGAAUCUGCUCAGGUCCGGCCUGGGCCGCUCACAGAGCACGUGUUUACAGAUCCAGUCCCUCCUCAGGCACCUCUUAGGCAGAGCAGUGAGAAUGGGCAGCAGAAGACAGAGUCAAGCACAGCCUUGACAGAUCAGGAAUUGAAUGGAGAUGCCGCUGGGACUUGCACCAGUGCUGCCCCCACCAUGUGGCUGGGAGCACAGAAUGGCUGGCUUUAUGUGCACUCUGCUGUAUCCAACUGGAAGAAGUGUCUGCACUCGAUAAAGCUGAAGGAUUCUGUACUUAGCCUAGUGCAUGUGAAAGGAAGGGUCCUUGUUGCUCUGGCUGAUGGAACACUAGCCAUAUUCCACCGAGGAGAGGAUGGUCAGUGGGAUCUCAGCAAUUACCACCUAAUGGACCUCGGUCACACUCACCAUUCCAUCCGCUGCAUGGCUGUUGUGUAUGACAGAGUCUGGUGUGGCUACAAGAACAAAAUCCAUGUCAUCCAACCUAAGACGAUGCAGAUUGAGAAAUCCUUUGAUGCUCACCCUCGGCGGGAGAGCCAGGUGCGGCAGCUGGCAUGGAUUGGAGAUGGAGUAUGGGUUUCCAUCCGCCUGGACUCCACUCUGAGGCUCUACCAUGCCCACAGCCAUCAACAUCUACAGGAUGUCGACAUCGAGCCUUACGUCAGCAAGAUGCUAGGCACCGGAAAGCUGGGCUUCUCAUUUGUACGGAUUACAGCCCUGCUCAUUGCUGGCAACCGCCUCUGGGUAGGGACAGGGAACGGUGUCGUCAUCUCCAUCCCGUUGACAGAGACUGUAGUCCUCCACCGAGGCCAACUCCUUGGGCUCCGGGCCAACAAAACCUCACCCACCUCUGGAGAGGGCAGCCGCUCUGGUGGAGUCAUCCACGUGUAUGGCGAUGACAACAGUGACAAAUCUGCCAGCAGUUUCAUUCCCUAUUGCUCCAUGGCUCAGGCACAGCUCUGUUUCCAUGGCCACCGUGAUGCUGUCAAGUUCUUCGUUUCCGUGCCUGGCAAUGUUCUAGCGACGCUGAACGGGAGCGUGUUGGAUAGCCCCUCGGAGAACCCCAGCACCGCAGCCACCGAGACGGAGGGGCAGAAGCUGAAGAACGUCCUGGUGCUGAGCGGAGGAGAAGGGUACAUCGAUUUCCGGAUUGGGGAUGGAGAAGAUGAUGAGACGGAGGAGAAUGCAGGAGAUGCCGCCCAGGUGAAGCCAGUACUUUCCAAGGCUGAAAGGAGCCACAUUAUUGUGUGGCAAGUAUCAUAUAUCCCUGAGUGAGAAUUUUUCCUUUCCUACCAAUGUAAGUCUCCCUCCUCCCACCUGAAUGCCAAGAUGUACAUACAGAACUCCUGCAUUAUACCUACUGCUGGAAACCGACCCCAGACAACUGCAACGGCUCCUGCCUUGGACUGUGACCCCCUUCUAACCUCUGAACUUGCAGCUUUCAUCUUGGGCCUGUGCGCUUUCUGCGUGGUUGGAUUAUUGUUCUGCUCUGGAGCUGGCGUCUACAAGGAGAGAAAUGGCAGCUCAUCGAUGAAGUGAAGCUUGGAGCCAGAACGGUGCAAACCCUCUGCCCAGGGCCCGGGAGCUGGGUAGGUGGCGCAGGUUCUCCGGCAGGUUGCCUCACUCCCACCUGCAUGAGAAGCAGGACGUCACCCCAGCGUCCCCCACCGAAGCAGCAACGGUGAAUCACAACUCUCCAGCACCUCGAAAGAAACCCUUUCCGGUUCACCAGUGGAAUUUCCACCUUACCCACUCUGCAUAGGGUACACCUCAGCACAGAAUAAUAUCCCACGGACUGAGAGCAGCCAGGACCAAGCCCAAGCCAGGAACCUUCAACAGAAAGGAGUGUCGAGGUUUCAGAAUUACUUCUGCUGUUUGGCUGGAGAGGGUAACAGGGUCAUGAACAGUUACUGUGGGGAACACAUUCUCUGUCCACGCCAACGGAAGGUCUCCCUCUUCUGCUGCUGCUGCUGCUGUCUUAGCAGAAGUGUUCUGGGUGACUGCGUGUCCAGGGAGGGCUGGUCGGUAGGGUCGGAUGAAAGAUGGGUGUUUUAUGGCAGAGGCCCCGAGGGCUUUGGGAUCUGCAGUAGCAAAAAAGUACUGGGACCUUAGAGAAAAGAAGAGUCAGCAAUGCUUUUAACUCCCCCUUACAAAAAUGCCAGGUAGGGAACGACUCUUGAGUUCAUUCUUUUUAUGAGCCUGAAAAGUUCAGUGAGAAAGCUGGCUCUGGAUAGUAUUUGUUGGCUUUUAAAAUGCAGGUGAGGGCAGGAUACAUUGAUGAGCUGUGGUUCUCUGUUAACGCGGUGAAGUUACUUUGACUCGUAAGGAUGCGUCCCCUUCUGGGAACUGCUGGUGCUCGGCGUGGAGGAGAUGUCUUGUUUUCCUUCACACCGAGGCUGUGAGGUUAGGAAGGGCUGUGUAGGUGCAGUCAGGGUAUAGAAAGGCUGUGUCUUGCCUGAGGUGACAUGAAAAGACAUGAGGCCAGAUCUCCUGACCUCUUUACCUAACGUGACAAGCACUGGCUGGCCUUGCUACUGAAUAGGUCGAAAAGCUGGAAAUGUCAGACUCCUGAAAAGAAUGACGACCCCUGAGAGGAAUGCUGCCUGCCCUACUUGUGUGAGCAGUGCUGUGGGCUUGCAGGAAUGUGUCCUGCUGGCAGGAGAAGCAGCAAGAAGUGGGGCCAGCAGGAGCAGUUUUAGGCUACCGUGCUAGCUCCAGAUACAGAGGCAACCGUUUGUCCAAGGUGCACUGCACUUUCUGACAGUGGAAACAGGCCUGUCCCCAGAAGGGCAGGCGCUGCUUCCCCAGAGCACGGCCUUCUGGACGUGCAGGACUAGAGUGAGCAGCAGGUGUUAGCGGUGGAUUUGGGGAUGCUGGUGGUCUUGUUCAGAGGAAGGCUGGGGCGCACAUGUCAUCUCCAAGGAGGCAAAGGUAGGUAUCCAGAGAACAGAGGCCUCAGCCACCAAAUCCGUGGGGGCAGUGUUGCCUUGCGCAGUGCUGGCUUACCCGCGCGCUCACACCACUCCUCGUAGAGCGAGGUAGCUGACCAGCAGCACGGGUGUCCUCCAGCCACCAGCACGCCAGGCUCUGUGGCUGCUGUUUGGCCGAGGGAUUUUUUUGAGCAGCCCGCUUGUGUGCAGUGGGGACCUCCGGGGACACUUUGCUGGGCGCUGCUGACCGGGCCAGGCUUGUUCUGCUGCCACCGCUUUCCUGAAAGGCUUUCUGCUAGGCCGGGCGCUCUGAGUUGCAACGCAGAGUGCAGAAAGGUUGACAAGAAGAUAGACGUUUAGAGAGCAGAUUCCACAAACAUCUAACAGUUAGUUCAUACCAAGUAAACUUCAUAAUUUGGACUAAUUUAAGGGGAAAAAAGCCCUAGUAGGUCCCAUUCUUUAGCUCUAUAGAACUUUCCAUGUGAAAAUACAGAAGUGCAGUACUGUUACCUCUUACUGUUUGUUCUGUAUCUGGUUUUAGCAGUCACAGUGAUGCUACCUGCCACCUGUUACCCACCAGUCCUUGGCGACAUAAGGAAAUAGGUCUGAGGCCUCUACCAACAGGUUCCUUUCCAGUUUGACGCGUAUUUUCCUCCAAGAGAAGCACAUGUUUAAAAGGGGGCAGCUACAGCUAAGUAAAACCAGCCUCUGCUGUCACACUCCUCUCUGCAUUUGGUGGCUACUGGGCAGCAAGGUGAUGAGCUGACUGGCUUCAACACACUUCCCUGUCAUAUCUCCACUGUGAUGUAUGUAAAGUAUCUUGUAUGUUACAAAAGGAUUUUAAAAAGUGUCUUAAGGCCUGUAAACUCCGCUGUUUGGUCAGAAGAUGGCAUUCUGUAAAGAGACUGCUGUAUGAAUACGUUCCCAUGCUUCGUCCCCUAUGCUAUCAAACGAUGAACCAUAUCUGUUCUGUAUGUAAUAAAUGUGUUAACAUCA